AUGACUACUGCUCGGAUCUCUUCCAAGGCUGCUCAUCGACUAUCGUCACUAAACCCAGGCGGGACGGUAUUUGCAGAAUUCACUGCAUUGGCCAACAAACACAAGGCAAUCAACUUGGGUCAAGGAUUUCCUACUCUUCCCGUAGCUGAUUUUAUUACUCAGGAAGCUGCCAAGGCUAUAUCUACUCAGGGAAUAUUACAUCAAUACACUCGUAGUGAAGGACAUCCUAAGCUGGUUCAAGAGCUUGCAUUGUUCUAUAGCUCCAAGCUUGGCCGUCAAAUCGAUCCAUUAACUGAGAUUGUUACUACUGUUGGUGCUACUGAAGCUAUUUAUUCGACAAUUCAAGCCUUUGUGGAUGUUGGAGACGAGGUGAUUCUGAUGCAGCCAUUCUAUGAUUCAUAUCCUGCAUCCAUCUUGCUUGCAGGUGGUAAGCCCAUCGUCGUGUCUCUUUCUGCUACUCCUGGAAAGCGUGGUCGUGCUAGCGAUUGGACGCUUGAUAUGGAUGAAUUGCGCAAGGCAAUCACCCCAAAAACUAAAAUGAUCAUGAUCAACAACCCGCAUAACCCACUUGGCAAGGUCUUUACCAAAAAGGAAUUGGAGGCUGUUGCGACAAUCGCACGCGAAUUCGACUUGCUGAUUGUUGCUGAUGAGGUCUACGAAACUCUUACGUUUUCUGAUAGCUGUUCGCCGUUUAUCAAGUUUGCAAGUCUUCCAGGAAUGUUUGAGCGCACUAUUACUCUUGGAAGUAUUGGCAAAGCAUUUGGAGUUACUGGAUGGAAAAUUGGCUGGGCAAUAGCACCUCCGGCACUUUCUCGUGCAGUCUGGCUUGUUCACCAAUUUAUUCCAUUCUCCAUUGCGACUCCUCUCCAGGAAGCAGUUGCCGAAUCGCUCAAAAUUGCACAACAAACCAGCUAUUUUCAAGACACAUGUCGUCAGUACGAAUCCUUGAGAGAUUUAUUGUACGAAGGCCUCGAGUCUAUUGGCUUCAAUCCCAUGAAACCAGAUGGAGGCUACUUUAUUGUUGCUGAUGUAAGCAAGAUUCAAAAGGAGUUGAACAUCCAGGGCGAUUUUUCAAAAUUCCUCACUACCGAAGUUGGCGUGACUGGUAUUCCUGUAUCUGCAUUUUACCAGUCCCAAGAUCAAAGCAAGGUAUCGCAUCUGGUACGUUUUGCUUUUUGCAAGGAUCGUGCCACGAUUGAAACUGCUUUAGAGAGACUUUACAAGUACUUUAAAAAAUAAAUGCUAUUGGUC